AUGAGUUCCUUGUCUGACUCUAUUUCGUUCUCUAUUUCGACACCGUCAAAUUCUUUGCCGGCAAGUUACUCUCAGCGGGAAUCUUUGAUUUUUGACGAUUCGUUGAGUCAUAAAAACCUUAUCUGCCCAAUAUGCAAUGAAAGCAUGAUCAAUCUUCUUCAACUUAAUCAGCACUUGGAUGAUGUUCACACCGAAACUACCAUUGAACAUAAAGACAGCACUAUGAAAUGGGUUAAAAACGCUCAAACAACCAUUAUGAAACCACUUUCCAAAACAAAAAAACUUUUCGACCAAUUUGUCGCAAAUGUCACAAAUGGCUAUUCACAGUCCGAAUUUGUGACAAGGGAUCAUUGGCAAAAAGAAGGGGACAAUGAUCAAUGUUCAUAUUCUUCUUGCGAGAAAACAUUGAAUUUGAGAAAUGGAAAGAAUAACUGUCGAAAAUGUGGUAAGCUCUUUUGCGACACACAUUGCCAUGUUUCAAUGAAGUUGAACAAGCAAGCACAGCACGAUCCUGUUAACGGCUAUUGGUGUAGAGUAUGCGAAGAUUGUUUUAAAUCUCGAGAUGGUUAUUUGGAUACAGAAGGUGUGGCCCGAAGUCAUUCGACGACGUUCACCAAAUUACGAACCAAGGGAAUUGAAAGGGCGCAUCUGGAAGGUAAUCGGUUAGAGAAGCGCCUGGAAAAGCUUGCAAAGGUGUACGCCACUCAAACGAAACAAGCUAAUAACACACAGGGUGGAUUAAAACCUCCGUUGACUCUGAAACAUCGAAGGAGAGGUAUUAAGCUGAAUUUCAUUCGGAUUGUUCGCUCAAAAAGGAAACGUGAUUUUGUGCCUUCACUAAUUGAUUUGACAAACUUGCUUUUUGCAGCUUCAGAGCAGCUAAUCGUCAAAUGGGAAGACGAUGCAUCUGUGACAAAUUGUCCUCUGUGUGGAACCCUCUUUGGAAAAAUCACAAAUCGUAAACAUCACUGUCGCCUUUGUGGACGUGUCGUUUGUGAGAAGUGUUCCUCAAAAAUUUCUUUGAACCCGAACGGCAAUUAUUCAGAAACGCCGGAACAGGAUUCUGUCGGUGAAGUCAGAACGUGCAAAGAGUGUCGUAAUGCGGUCUUUAGAAGAAAAGAAUAUAACGAAGAAACUGCAAAGACACCACCUGUUGUCAUGCUAUAUCAGAAAUUGUCGAAAAUCAGAUCCGCAAUUGACUCCACAUUACCCAAAUUUCAAGACAUGCUUGUCAUGUUAAAGAGUCAAGAGAUAAUCAAUCAGACGCAUGCAGAUUAUCAGGUUGCGGCGCGUACUCGCAAAGAACUGUUGGAAAAUUUUGCCCAAUUCGAUGCAAUUAGCAAAAAAAUCAAUUCCUUGCUC